GGUUGUUGUUGGUGUGUUGUUCAUCACGGUGGCCAUGCGCUGCUGUUGAAAAACCGCGGCUGUCAGUUGGUUACAGUAACUCAACGAGUAUCAACGUUUUUUUUUUAUAUUCAAAAAAAAAAAAAUUAAAUAGUUUCGCGAAAUAUUUCAUAAAUUAUACUUGUGAAUAUUUCGUUGAAUUUGUUUUUUUUUUAUUAUUUUUUUUUUUUUGUCAUUUUCAUUAAUUAUUCAAUUAAAUAAUUUUAAUUUUUCUAUUAAUUGAGCAUUUAUUAACUAUUUAAAAAAUUAAAAACAAUUAAUAUAUUUAAAAUAAUCGAAUUGUGUAUUAAUUUUUUUUUUUUUUUCCAUAAAAUACUGUGCUGUGAUGAAUAAAAAUAGUUAAAUAAUUUUUUAAUAUAUUAAAAAAGUGAUCAAGUUUUUUUUUAAAAUUCACAAGUGUCUUGUUAGUUUUUUAUGUUUUCUUAAAAAAUAGUGAUAUAUAUAUUUUAUGAAAAAAAAAAAAAGAAAAAACGUUGAGAAACUUUUUUUAAAAGUCAAAAGUAUUUAGCGAAAAAUAAAUAUUCCUUUUAAUUUUUAUUAUUUGGUGUCAAGGUAGUUGUAUUUAGCAAGGAAAAAAUUAUAAAUAUUGGAGUGUGUUUUAUUAAAUUAUUGCAUUUAAUGUGUGAAUAAUAAAAACGAAUGAGCUGUGCAAUGGAGUAUCAACAGUUGGUAUCGCCAUCGGUACCGAUUGCACCCCAUCAAAAUCAUCAUUCCCAACAAUCACAACAACAACAACAACAACAACCACAGCCACCACCACCACCUCCACCAUUACCCCAACAACAACAACAACAUCAUCAUCAUCAACAACAUCAAUCACAACAACAAUCAAUUGCCACAACAGUACCAUCAUCCCAUCCUCAUAUUGUAUUAGCAUCAAUUCAUCCACCUCAACAAACACCCCCAAAUUUACCACCACCAACAACACCCCAUGCACAUCAAAUACAUCCACCCUUACCGUCAAUUCAUGAUGACAGUACAAGUUCACGAUGGACUCAAUAUCAACAUAUUUGGCGACAACAUCAUGUUUAUAUGAAUGGUAAACAAACAAAAGAUGGUCCAGAAGACAAAAAAGAUACUGACGGUGAGCUUUGGGGUAAUGUUGAGGCGCAAUCCGCAUUUUUGGGCCCAAAUUUAUGGGACAAAACACUACCUUACGAUGCCGACCUGAAGGUACUAAAUCAUUAUGUCGAUUUGGAUGAAUUUUUAUCUGAAAAUGGUAUACCAGUUGAUGGUGUUGGUGGUCAAGGACCAAUGCAAUCAAGUCAAUUGCACAAAAUUAAUAAUAACAGUAAUGAAGCAACAAGUCAUCAAGGACCAGCAAGUCUUCAUCUUGAACCAGUUACAAAACGUGAAAGAUCGCCCUCACCAAGUGAUUGUUGUUCACCAGAUACUCUUAAUCCACCAUCACCUGCCGAUUCGACAUUAUCAAUGGCAUCAUCUGGACGAGAUUUUGAUCCACGAACACGUGCCUUUUCCGAUGAAGAGCUUAAACCUCAACCCAUGAUUAAAAAGUCUCGGAAACAGUUUGUACCGGAUGACCUGAAGGACGACAAAUAUUGGGCACGUCGAAGGAAGAAUAAUAUGGCUGCUAAAAGAUCAAGAGACGCACGUCGCAUGAAAGAGAAUCAAAUUGCAUUAAGAGCGGGUUUCCUUGAAAAAGAAAACAUGGGUCUACGACAAGAACUUGAUAGAUUAAAAAAUGAAAAUAUGUUAUUACGUGACAAGUUAAUGAAAAUAUAUUGUACGUGACAUAUAAAAAUAUAAAGCUUAUAAUGGUACUAUGAUUGAUUGAAAAAAAGAUAUAAAA